AUGUUUGCUGUCUGCCCGGCAAACGCCCCAUUCCGGCAGGGCCGGGGAGGGCCAGCGUCGGGCACGGCCAUCCCAGGGGCGGGACAUGGGCCGGACUCCAACUCCAACUUCGUGGGAGAGGUGUGUGACAGCAAUGAGAACUGGAGCCAGCCAGCGCCGGGGUCCCCGCCGGAGGAGGGCUCCAGCCGGAGCGAAAACACCACAAAUCCGUCUGAUAAUCUGCUGUUAUUAAUGCAGAGACAGAUGGUCCAGGGCCGGCUUAGGGACACCGCCCCGGGCCUGGGCGACACGCACCCCGAGCAGGGGGUGCGCAGCCCCCCCGAGGGAGCCGAGGUCAGCGGGGCAGGGGGACAAAACAAUGCCGAGGAGGCGGCCGGGGGAUGUGUCAAACCCCCGAGCUCCCCUGCAGAGGACAACGGCUACGCCAGCAGCUCCCUCAGCAUCGACAGCCCCGACAGCACCUGCAGCAACACCUGGGACCCUCCUGCCUCUGCCCCCCGAGCCGGGAGCCCCCCUGAGGCAGGACCAGCUGAGCCGGAGCUGGGGACCCUCUUCCCGGUGCUGGCAGAGGCUGUGCAGCACCUCCAGGAGAAGGAGCGCUUCAAGGAGCAGGAGAAGGAGAAGCACCACAUCCAGCUGGUGAUGUACCGGCGCCUGGCCCUGCUGCGCUGGAUCCACGGCCUGCAGCAGAAGGUUGUGGACCAGCAGAACCGGUUGCAGGAGAGUUUCGACACCAUCCUGGAUAAUCGCAAGGAGCUCAUCCGCUGCAUGCAGCAGGGUCCAGCCUGCAUUGCUGCUGCAGCCUCCCCUGGUCCCUGAGGUGCCACCAGU